AUGGCAAGGAUUCGACGAGAAUUUGAAGAAGAGCUUCCCCGCUGGAUACAUAGGCCACCGGAGGUCGAAGAGGCUUGGAACGCAGAGUUACAGACCCUAGAGGGCCAUUCAGAUUGGGUUCGGUCUGUGUCAUUCUCCCCAAAUAGCCAAAUAUUGGCUUCUGGGUCCACUGAUAGAUCGAUCCAGCUCUGGAAUACCAGUGCAGGUGUCUUACAGCAGACUCUUAGGGGCCAUUCGGGUUCCGUUUACUCUAUAGCAUUCUCCCCUGACGGCCGAUUUCUAGCUUCUGGCUCUAGUGAUGAGACGAUCAGACUCUGGGAAGUCGUUACGGGGACCCUACAACAGAAUCUAAAGGGUCAUACAGCUCCAGUUCGGUCUGUGGGGUUUUCCCCAGAUGGUAGAAUCUUGGCGUCUGGCUCAAUGGAUAAGACACUUAACCUCUGGGAUACUACUACAGGGACCCUACAGAGAACAUUAAGAGGCCAUCUAGAAGCAAUACGUUCGGUUGCAUUCUCCCCUAAUGGCCAACUCAUAGCGUCUGGCUCUGUUGAUGAGGGAAUUAGGCUUUGGAGUACUACUACUGGAGUCCUACAAUAUACUUUGGAGGGGCAUUCGGACUGGGUUCUUUCUGUGGCAUUCUCUCCUAACAGCCAAAUCUUAGCGUCUGGCUCCGUUGACAAGACAAUCAGGCUCUGGGACACCGCCACAGGGGCCUUACAGAGGAGUCUUAUGGGGCACAUAGAUUCGGUUUCAUCUAUUUCAUUCUCCCCUGACGGUCGACUUUUGACAUCUGGCUCUAGUGAUGAGACGAUCAGGGUUUGGGAUACCGUGACAGGAGCUAUAGAGUAUACCCUCGAGGGCCAUUCAAGUGCGGUUUUAUCCGUGACUUUCGCUCCCAAUGGCCAACUCCUCGCAUCCGGCUCCACGGAUAAGACAGUCAAACUUUGGGAUUCUGCGUUAGGGGGCUUCCAGCAGGCUAUUAAAGACUAUUCGGAUUCGAUUGAGUCUAUAGCAUUCUCCCCUAACGGUCGACUCCUUGCGUCCGGUUCUUCAGAUAAAACCAUCAAGCUCUGGGACACCACCACAGGAGCUAUACAACAAACUCUAGAGGGACAUUCUGGCACGGUUUUAUCUGUGACUUUCUCUCCUAAUGGCCAACUCCUAGUAUCCGGCUCCGAUGAUAAGACAGUCAGGCUUUGGGAAACCGAAACCGGUGUAUUUAACACCCUCAACGGUCAUUCAGAUUCAGUUCUCUCCGUAACAUUUUCUUCUAAUGGCCGGUUCCUAUGUUCCGGCUCUGAUGAUAAUACAGUCAAGCUCUGGGAGACUACCACAGGGGGUUUACAGCAAACUCUCACAGACCAUUCAUACCCAGUUCUUUCCGUGGCAUUCUCCCCUAAUGACCGAAUUCUGGCAUCCAGCUCGGUUGACAAAACAGUCAGGCUCUGGGAUACUGUGACGGGUGUCCUGCAGCAGACCCUCAGAGGCCAUUUAGGUGCAGUUUCGUGUGUGGCGUUCUCCCCCGAUGGUCUGGUUCUAGCAUCCAGCUCUGUUGACAAAACAGUCCGUCUCUGGAAUACUGCCCAAGGUGCUUUAGUGCAGACCUUAAAGGUUGAUGGAAUGGUUACCAACCUCAAAUUUGCUCAAGACGUUUCAUAUCUGUGUACCAACCUUGGGUUCCUUGAUAUUCAGUCCAGGUUUGACAACCCUACCUCCAAUUCUUCCAAGCCGAAUGUCGAAAUAUCCAUAAGGGAGAAUCAGUGGGUUGGGCUUCAAGGCAAAAAGGUACUGUGGUUACCUACUGAGUUUCGACCUAGCUGCUCAGCGGUAGAAGGUAACACUCUUGCCUUGGGACACCCAUCAGGACGGGUUUCAUUCCUAGUAUUUUGUGCAUGA